AUGUCUGCAGAAUCAGCCAGUGCAAUUCAAAGAAACCAAGUUGAUCUUUUGGACUUCAUAGAUUGGUCUGGAGUUGAAUGCCUCAACCAAAGCACUAGUCACUCUGUUGCCAACGCUCUCAAGCAGGGUUAUAGAGAAGAUGAUGGUUUGAAUCUGGAGAGUGAUGCAGAUGAGCAGCUUUUGCUUUACAUACCUUUUCUUCAAGUCAUUAAGCUGCACUCUAUUGUCAUCAAAGGACCUGAAGAGGAAGGUCCUAAGACAGUGAAACUUUUUUCAAACAAGGAGCAUAUGGGGUUCAGCAAUGUCAAUGACUUCCCAGCAAGCGAUACACUUGAUUUAUCCCCUGAGAAUCUAAAGGGCAAACCAGUUGUCUUAAAGUAUGUCAAAUUUCAAAAUGUUCGCAGCUUGACGAUCUUUAUUGAGGAUAAUCAAUCUGGCUCCGAACUCACAAAAGUUCAAAAGAUUGUUCUGUGUGGAACAACGGUGGAAACUACAGACAUGAAGGGCUUGAAGAAGAUUGAGGACGGACACUGA